AUGACCGCAGCGCCCCAGGGGCCAGAUCUCAGUUUUCUGAACGAGGAGGAAGCCAGGGCGAUUUUCCAGGUCCUGCAGAGGGACGCGGAGCUCCGGCGGGCAGAGAAGGACAGAGUCAGCAAACUUCUGAAGAGAAAGAAGUCUGAAAAAGGGCUGCAGGGAGUGACCGGAGAAUGGUUUGAAGAAAUAAAAAGAAGAAAAUUUCAGAAUUACAUUGAUGUCAAUAGAAUGUUAAAACCACCAUUAGAGCAUCAGCUAAGGAAGAGCAAAACCACCAUUAGUCAUUAUAAACCAGUAUGUCACAAAGUCUGUCCAAAAAUGUCAAAACUGGAUUUACCUGACAUAAAAGAUCAUAAAGAAAUAAAAAUGUCAUCCCGCACAAAUCCUCAAGCACAAAAGAACACUUCAGCUUCCUUUCUGGGAUUCAGAUCACCUUUUGCUUGGCUUUCCUCCUUUAGAAGAUCAAGGAAAACCCAUACUCAGAAGCAACCACGAUAUGACAGUUCUGCUAGCCCACCCUCAAAAGUGGAAGAAAUGGCAACGGCUGAAAUGUGUAAUUCCCCAAUGUCAGCUGAAACAAGUGAUCAAUCUUUUGAUACAAACCAAAAUGAAACAGUGGAGAAAAGUACACUGGAAUGGAAUGAACAGCUAGAGAAGGAGAUUUUCAGUGUUCUAAGUGAUCUGGAUGACCAACUGGCCCAGGAACAAACCCAAGACCCUUUGGACAGGAUUGUUUCCACAAGCAGUACAUCAAAUGUCCAAAGUAGUAGCCCAUUCCCUACUUCAAAGAGGCAGACUGUUAGCAGGGGGCAACAGAGGAAUGACUGGAGUGACUUGCCUAGCGCAUUUUUCCCAGAUGGAAUGAGAACACUAAGGGCCAAAGAUGAACACAAGAUUUUCAUCAGACCAAGGAAGUUACAGAGUGCAUAUAUAAACUGGCACCAAACAGCUUUUCAAGAGGAUUGCAGCUGUGGUGAUGCAGUGGAAGGGAAUCCCCGUCUGCACCGCAGGAGGCUGUCUGCGGUGUCCUUCGGGCGGUCUUCCGAGGGGAGCUUAUAUCCCCCUUCCGUAACGCACAACAGUGGAUUUAGGCACAAGGCUUGUAUGAACAGGGAUACAGCUGGCAGAAGUUACUCUGUGUGUUCCCUUCGGAGAUGUCCAUCAUCAGUAUCUUCUGAUCAGCUCUCAGCAUCCAGUUUACAGCAUCCAUUGGCAAGGGAGAGCAAGAAUGGUUUUGUACCAAGGUUUGGUCGACAGAACCCAAAGAGAAUUCCUCUGUCUUCCAUUGUAUGGAACAACACACCAGACUCUUCAGAACAAGCUCCAGAAACAAUGUUCAGAACUCAAUCACUUAUGGAGUUUCAUGCUACAGAUCAUGGUAGAUAUCCCAGCUCUUUACUAGAAACUAAGAAAUACCCAAGUUACCACUCAAAACACCACUACAGAAGAUCUAUUUCAAGCAGUAAUUGCUUUAGCAGAGUUAGUUGCCCUGACAAAGCUACUUCUCCAUUGCCCUUUGAUAACUGGGAAAAUUAUCCUAUAUACAAAUCAGAAAAUAAUCUCUCUCGAUCCUACUAUAGAGACACCACUUCUCAUGGGAAGCUGUAUGCAAACCAAAAAAAUUCUUAUGGAAGAAAAGACAGCUAUCCUUCCUGGGCUGAUAUUCCUCAGUGUUACAGCGAUGAUGUGUUUAUUUCCCCUGAUGCCAGCUUUGAAGCUUUUAUGGCUAAUUUAAAUGACCAGCAGUGGGCACAUGCAAAGAAUGCCAAGUUUGGUUCACAGCGCCUGCAGAAUGAUUUUCACAUGUACUCUCCAGAAAAUACAAGUGUCAAAAGGAUGACAAGAAGUGCAAACAGAAAUUUUUCAGAAUUCACUGAGGGCUGUCAGCCUUGGCUAAGUUGUACAUCUUCUGUUUCUUCAUCUGGUAUCAGAACUGAUGAGUCAGUCUUUCCCAAUUCAAAGAACCAACCAGAACCUACAAGACUGAACAGGAAUUCAGUUGUUGUUACCCAAAGGAGUACAAAGGCAGACUUUACACACCUGGAAAAGGCUGAAGGUGUGAAACAGCCAGAUGAAGAUAUGCUGUUACCGUCAGUUCCUCAACAAGCAGAUACAAGCUACAUCAACGCACGGAGUUUUUCCCCUAACAGCCCAGCUUCUGCCAUGUGGCAAAGAGAUGUAUCUCUCUUUAACACAAUGACAUCAAAGAGACAAGCCCAAGCCACUGCCAGAGGAGAUACUGCAAAAAUUUAUACAUCAAAUGGUGAAAAAAGAAAUGUAGAAAUGAAGGAAAAUGAUUGCCCACCCAAUAGUGCUUUCAGUCAGCCUCCUUGUAUUUUGCCAGCUGAUGGGAGCAGGAAGGAACCUUUUCUUCCAAAUCAGAAAGAAUGGGAACCUAAUCUGCAUUAUGCAGCACAAAAAGAGAGCAUCAAACAGGAUGGAUGGAGUGCAGAAGCCCUUAACAAAGCUACUCCAAAGAGACACUCCUCACUACUGAAUGUUACUUCUGCUCUAUCCACUGAAAAAUUAGCAAACUGUCAAGGCAUGUUGUCCUGUCCUCCUGAGCUCUCAUCUUUCUCACAAAACUCCCCCCAAGCACUUUCUCAUAAAGACAAUGCUAAAUGCUUAGGAACACUUGCUAGCUCUUCGGUAAAUAGCACUGUUACUGAAUCUCAAGCAGAAGGGGGGAAGACAGCUGAAGUGAGUAGGACAAGUGUUAGCAAAGAGAUUUCACAGAAAACACUGCAAAAAGCAAGCACUUUAGUUACUAAGGACUGUAAUGGACAAUUCACUACUAGUUCUCCACGAAAUGGAAAUUCUGGAAAUACUUAUAUGUGUGGCUUUGAUGGAGAACCCAAUACUUCUGAAAAUAGUUUAAGUUACUUUUGCCUUGAAAAAGGAACUGAAAAAAUGAAGAGUACUUCACCUUGUAUUAGAAGAAUUCACAAGCAAGACAGCUCACCAAGACAUAGCAGUAGCUGUAGCAUUACUGGCUCCCCUGGCAGAAACAGCUCCAAAUCUUCUGACCCUCUUGUUAUUUAUUACACUUUGCCUAGAAAAUCAGCUAGCAUUGCUGGUAGUAUUAUGUCAGAGACGCCCAUCUCUUUACCUAGAGAAAGCAGAGCAACAUAUGAUUGUUUAAGGUCUGAAACUCUGCAUAGAGCUGACACCUCUUAUUCUAAUCAAGGAGAUGUGUCUUGUUUAGAUCCAAAAUGUUCCUUUCUAACAUCAGCAUCAUUAAAUGCUGCCACAAGUAACAAAGAUUACCACAGUCCUUUAAGCAAAAAUAGUAAUGAUUCAGUAAGUAGCAGUACAUCAGUUGAUCUGACAGACAGAUGUAAAUAUCUAAGUAGAAGAGAAUCCUCUGUGUUUUCAGAUUAUAAGGAAGGGGGAAAUUUUUUGCAGAAAUACAAAACCACAAGCACAUUUACAGUUUGUGUUGAUGAAGAUCAUGUCAAGUAUCAUGAACUAGUUUCAAUUUAUUACACACUACCACGGAGGCAUUCAAAAACAUUUUGUAGCCUCUUUAGAGGUAAUUCAGAGGAUGCAGAUUUACCUUGUCCCAAAGAAACUGCUCAGUCACCAAGUAUACAAAACAAGAAAAAUGAAGGUCAUGUGAGCUUAGCAAAUGGUUUUUUUCCUGCUACUUCAGAAAAAGAGGUGCCUUCAUAUUCUUCUGACCAAGUAUCUUCAGUUCUGGUCACACCUCAGAAUUUAAGAACUGCUGUUGAUAGUGAAGAAGAGAAAUCUCAUUUAUCCCCUAGCUCUGAGAAACCAGUGAGUGUGGUACCUAACAAGAAAGAUAAUUCAGCAUGUCUUCCAUUAGCAGAAAACGUACUUUCUGAUGUGGUGGCAAAAGAAAUUUCUUUUGGUGGCCCACAAUCCACUGCAAUAGUGGCUAAGUCAGGUAAGGCCAUUUCUGAUGCUUCAAGGAGCCAAAAGGCAGAAAUACAUGUAAAAGAAAAGAAGGAAAUUUUACAAAGAGCCACACCACUAAUGUCCACUUUAUCAACCCCUCCCAAGCCAGCCAGACAUUUAGAGAAGCCUUUAUAUUCUGAUUCAACAAAUAAAAAUAUUUUGCAGAAGGGAAGCUCUGAAACUUGCUCUCAGCCCCCAAAAGUGAACAAGAAAAAUCUGAACAGUUUAUUCAUGCGCUCCAAGGGGAAGAGUUCCCUUGGAAGGAGUGGUAACACAGAGCAUGCUGAUGUGCCACUUACUCCUGUGGAAGGUAUGUACAGGGAUAGUGCCCAAGUUAAACAGAGAGUAGAUGUCCUACACCGAACCACCCCUCUGUGUAAUAAUAAAUUUAGUGGACUGCAAUUAAGGGCUGACAGCUCAAGAAAAAAAGAGAAUGGUUCAAACUUUUGCAGCAAAGUGCUUCCAGAGUCUCCAAGCAAAGCAUCUGAGGUAAGCACAGCUUCCAGUGCUGAUCCAUUUCUUCAGCUAGACAAAGUGGCUAGCACAGAUGAAGUAAAGAAUUCAAAAACUAAAAAAGAGCAAAACUCACAGAGUUCUCAUAUCAGUAAAGUUUACAGUGGUUUUCAGGAAUCAGAGAGGCAUAUUGAGGGCAACCUGAACAUAAAAGAUAAAGUCCCCAGGGUUACACAAGAUCAGAACAUAACACAGAGUGCAGAAGAGGAGAACAAGCUUCUCUCUGACUGCACAAGAGACAAAGUCAAAGAUAUAGAGAAAAGGAAAAACAGACCUUCAAUUAAAAAUAAAUUGGCAGCUGUUUACAAAACAAGUCGUAAAUUUUCAAGUAAAAAUCUACCCCCCAAACCACACAUAAGUAACAUUUUUUCACAGAAUGAUGAAAGUGCUACUUCUUUAGAGGUCAACAUGUCCCUUGACUCAUUGAUUUCAAUGGAUUCCCACCAGCCAUUCCUGGAGUUGGACAAUGAAAAUUGGAAUCACAGUCUGAACUCUGACAAGAAUACUCCAAGACCAAGAACAGCUGAUAAUAAGAAGACUGAAAAUCAGAAUGAUCCUUCUUUGCUUGUUAACAGCAAAAGGAGGCCUUUUACAAGUUCAUAUACCCAGAAGGAAGCCAUCAGUCCUCAAAAAACUGCAGUGAAAGUGGAAAAUAGGCCAAGACUCACAACCCUAUUUCCAGAUAAAUCAGUAACCACAAGAAAUAAGAAUUCCCAAACACUUGAUCUCGGGUUAGAAAGCAAAAGCCAGCCCAUCGCUCCCAGUGCUACUACCUCAUACCCACUGGAUGAAGAGAAAGGAAGAGCUAGCUGUCAUACCUGUGCUCCUCCCUCACCACUUUUAACUGACAAAAACUCCAACACCUAUGUAAAUAGCUGCUUGCAGGCAGACACAUGUCCAGAGCAAAACCUGACUUCCCAGACAGUGCUUGGUCAGCGACAAAAUACCUCUCAGCCCACUGGCUUAGAAAACGCUAACCUCAAUAGCUAUCAGUUGUGCAAGAGCCGUGCAAAAAGUCAGCGUGAGCGUCACCUCUCCGAGGGCAUUUGUUCUCGAGAUUGCCUUGAGACCUCUGCCUCAGGAAGCAAUAUUCUACCCAAAGAUGGCAUACAUGGGAAGAGAUUUAAAUCUUACUCAGAGCUGUUGUCUUGUGAUGAGAAUGAAAACUGGGCGUCAGACGAUGAGAAAUGUUACAGCACCAGAAAUUUAAUGUACCCGUCUGUGGAAUUUGGUAUAUUUGGCAAAGAGCAACAACUGGCUUUCCUGGAAAACAUCAAGAGGUCACUCACAGAAGGGCGAUUAUGGAGACCAUGUCUUCUGAAUAACCCUGGUGCUUUCAGAGAUACAGAGAGCUCUUCUAUAAACAGGGCUGAGCUUCUGAGCUCGAGUUCUGCUGGGAGCAAAAUGUCAUCAGCUGCCUCGUCCCCCCGAGAGCUGACUGAUACCUAUGGGGAAGACCCAGCCACUUACUCGGACUCAGACAGUGAUACCACCACUGAUGAUGAAUAUUACCUAGAUGAGAUAGAUAAAGAAUCAGAGCUAUGA